CAUCUCAUCUCUCUCUCUCUCUCUCUCUCUCUCUCUCUAUAUAUAUAUAUAUAUAAGAACUAUAAUAAGAAAGAGUAUAUUGAGAAAGAAAGUGAAGUAUUAACUAAACAAAGUUUUUUAAUUAUGGAGCACUUGUUUCUCUCCCUAUUACUAGGCUUUAUGACAUUGGUAUCUCUUGGCUUUUUUGUUUUGUUUUACAAGCACAAAUCUCUCUUUGUUGGUACCAACUUACCUCCGGGGAAAGUUGGUUACCCGAUACUGGGAGAAACUAUAGAGUUUCUCUCCACAGGAUGGAAAGGUCAUCCGGAGAAAUUCAUUUUUGACCGGAUGACCAGAUUCUCAUCUGAUAUCUUCAAGACCUCUUUAUUGGGCGAGCCGGCUGCAGUUUUCUGCGGUUCGACUUGUAACAAGUUUCUUUUCUCAAAUGAGAAUAAGCUCGUCACUGCAUGGUGGCCGAGCUCAGUCAACAAAGUCUUCCCUACCUCAGAACAGACUUCCUCUCAGGAGGAAGCCAAGAAAAUGCGAAAGCUCCUCCCUCAAUUCAUGAAACCCGAGGCUCUCCGUGGCUACAUUGGGCUAAUGGACAACAUAGCCCAACGCCAUUUCGCAACAGAUUGGGAUAACAACAAGGAGAUUCUUACAUUCCCGCUAGCCAAAAGAUACACCUUCUGGCUAGCGGCCAGGGUCUUCGUCAGUCUCGACGACCCUAAUGAGAUUAAGAAGUUCGAGGAGCCAUUCCAGCUCCUCGCUUCUGGAAUCAUCUCGAUGCCAAUCGAUCUCCCGGGAACCCCGUUCCACCGAGCUAUCAAAGCCUCUAAAUACAUAAGAAAAGAGCUUGUUAAGAUCAUAAAACAAAGGAAAGUUGACUUAGUUGAAGGGAAAGCAAGUCGUUCACAAGACAUAUUGUCUCACAUGCUUCACACGUGCACAGAUGACGGCGUUUACAUGACGGAGUUAGACAUUGCUGAUAAGAUUCUUGGCUUACUCAUCGGUGGUCAUGACACAGCCAGUGCUGCCUGUACUUUUAUCGUUAAGUAUUUGGCUGAGCUUCCUCAUGUGUAUGAUGCCGUCUAUGAAGAGCAAAUGGAAAUUGCAAAAUCAAAGAAAGAAGGAGAAAUGUUGAAUUGGGAUGACUUGCAAAAGAUGAAGUACUCAUGGAAUGUGGCUCAAGAAGUGUUGCGCCUUGCGCCGCCACUUCAAGGGGCUUUUCGGGAAGCUAUGACCGAUUUCGUUUUCAAUGGAUUUACUAUUCCAAAAGGGUGGAAGCUUUAUUGGAGUGCUAACUCGACACACAAGAAUGCUGAUUACUUCCCUGAACCGGAGAAGUUUGACCCUAGCCGGUUCGAGGGUAAUGGGCCUGCCCCUUACACGUUUGUACCAUUCGGGGGUGGGCCCAGGAUGUGCCCUGGGAAAGAGUAUGCUAGGCUUGAGAUUUUAGUGUUCAUGCAUCACUUGGUGAAGCGUUAUAGGUGGGAAAAGAUUCUUCCUGAGGAGAACAUUGUGGUUGAUCCCAUGCCCAUUCCAGCUAAAGGACUUCCUAUUCGCCUAUUUUCUCACAAUUAUUGAUAUGAUUAUGAUUAUGAUUAUAUUAAUUUAUUGCUAUCAAAUGUAUCACUACCUUAAAUUGGUUGGUUUUUUUUGGUUAUAUUUUUUGUUUGUUGUUAA